CUCACAGGGAAUUUUUUCUCCGGCACAGAAUAUCAUGCCGUCCUCAAAAUCGAGAUCAAGUCCCUCUGACGAGCGUCGCGACCGUUUGACGUUGGCAAGGCUGGCGAGUUACGACGAUGUCGCAACCGAUGCGCUGGUUGACCGUGCCCACUUUUGGACGAAUACUCGAAAGAACCGGACGAAAUACAUUCCUCUACGGCGGAUCAAGGAUGAUGAGAUCGCCAAUACUCUGCUCCACGAUGUGAUUGUUAAGAAGGAUGUAGCCGCCGCCGAGCGAAAAUUCCUGGCCAUGGACGGACUGAAGCGAUUCAUGGCGAAGCUGCCGAACGACCGGGAAAAGGAGUGGUUCACCCGACACCUACGCAAAUAUAUUCAAAUGUAUCUGCCGGAUUCCCCCUUUGAGGUCACGACGACGAAUCGCUAUCUCAUCACUGAGCACGAGGCGGCCAUCUGCGCCCGUAAGUUCAUUAAGCAAGGCGAGGAGAUCAAAUAUCUCAGCGGAACCUUGGUGCCUAUGACCCGAGAGGAAGAGCAGGACUUGGAUUUGAAGAGGAAGGAUUUCAGCAUCGUUAUGUCGAGCAGGAGGAAGACCCCAUCGUUCUUCCUGGGCCCUGCGCGCUUCGCCAACCACGACUGUAACGCCAACGGCCGUCUGGUGACGAGGGGCAUGGAAGGCAUGCAGGUCGUGGCGAUUCGGGACAUCUACAUUGGCGAGGAGAUCACAGUCUCCUACGGAGAAGACUACUUUGGCCUUGACAAUUGCGAGUGUCUUUGCCUGACGUGUGAGCGUGCAGUGCGCAACGGGUGGGCGCCUUCCGUGCCAAGCGACGAGGCUGGCUGUGCCGACACUGGCCUUCUCACACCUCGAAAGCGCAAAGGCGCCCCCGACCCCGAAUCCGACCUUUCCCCCUCAUGCACCCCCCGUAAACGCGCCAAAUUUACUCGACAGAACUCGAAGCUGCGAUCGGAGCUUCUGCUUUCCGAUGCUCCCGCCUCCCCAGAGUCUGUGACUGGUCAAUCGUCUGCGAACAUCGGCUCCUCAGCAGCCACGACCAGGAAUCGGAGGCUGGAACCGAAGAGUGACACCGGUGACGAGCUCGGCACGCAGAGUCCUAACAACACUGACUGCACGUCGCCUAGUUCGCUUGCCGGGGACGACUCCCACCACUCGUCGGCAUCUACCGUGGCAACGUCUGUCUGUGAAACCGCUGUUCAAAUCAAAGUCGAAGAGACUGUAGAAGCGUCUGUUCGAGACACGGUGCUCAUUGGGAAGGACGAACUUGCCACGCCCAGCGCAAGUCAGCCAGACGGAGAGCGACAUCACGAUGCUCUGUCCGAUUUAUCCGAGUCCUUGGAGCUAGACGAGAAGCUUGGAACCGUUGUAGACAAACUGAAAAAGACGCGGAAGCGAGAAGUCGUCCCAUCGGUUGAGGUUGAAUCACCACGCGCUCGAGUCCCCGGAGACUACACCAAAACUCCAAGAUUGCUCGCCCAGGCCUAUGAUCGGUGGGUCGACUGCCGAACUUGUACAGCCUGGUUCGUUCAGCAAGAUUCAUACCUGACGCGACGCGAGUGUCGCCGGUGCGAACGGCAUUCUAUGUUGUAUGGUUUCCAGUGGCCGAAAACUGACCGGGAGGGCCCCAAUGACGACGAAGAACGGGUCAUGGAUCACCGGGUCAUCCACCGAUUUUUGUCUCCCGAAGAAGAGGCGCGCAUCUCCCGCAAGGAUCGCGGUGUCAGUUUUGGGGUGACCCCGACCCCGGAAUUCGCCUACGAAGCGCCUCUUGUCACUCUCGGCUAUGGGGUCUUUCAAGGCAGUUAUGACGCGACAUACAACAUUUCCUAUUUCCGGAAGAUCCCAUUUGCAGCACCUCCUACGGGGGACAAUCGCUUUCGCGCCCCCCAACCCCCACUGACCAUCUCGAAUGGCACCUAUGACAGUAAUCAGGCCUUUGACAUGUGCCCCCAACGCACUGUCAAUGGUUCUGAGGACUGUCUCUACCUCGGACUUUACUCUCGACCUUGGGAUGUUGCUUCGGCGAACCGACCCGUGCUGGUGGUCUUCUACGGCGGCGCCUUCAUCGAGGGUAGCGCAUCCUUUGGCUUGCCUCCGAACGCGUACCCAACCCUCAACGUCAGUACCCUCAAUGACUAUAUCGUGAUUUAUCCUAAUUACCGCACCAAUGCCUUCGGGUUUCUCCCCGGCCAAGCCAUCAAAGACUCGUCAACCUCCGACCUUAAUCCAGGUCUGCUGGACCAGCAGUACGCUCUGAAAUGGGUCCAAAAUAACAUCUACCACUUUGGCGGCAAUCCUAAUAAUGUGACCAUCUGGGGUCAGUCGGCCGGCGGGGGAUCUGUCGUCGCACAGAUUUUGGCCAACGGCCGCGGCAAGCAGCCCAAGCUCUUCACCAAAGCACUGGCUAGCUCUCCGUUCUGGCCCAAAACCUACGCCUACAAUGCUCCGCAAGCCGAAGCCAUUUACUCUCAGCUUGUGAACCUCACCGGUUGCGGCAAUGAGACAGUCCAAGACUCCCUCCGCUGCCUGAAGACGACCGAUGUGCAGACCAUCCGGGACGCCAGCCUUGUCAUCGAUGCCAGCCACACGUACACCACUAGCUCUUACACCUGGGCCCCCGUCAUCGACGGCGAGUUCCUCAUUGACACCCUCACAGAGGCCACUUCGCGCGGCUCGCUCCCAACGGAGUAUAUCUGGGGUAUGUACAACACCCACGAGGGCGAGAACUUCAUUCCUUCUGGCCUAGGCUCGACCACCACCACAUCCACGGGGUUCAACUCGUCGCUCGCCAGUUUCGAAUCGUGGGUGAAGGGCUUUGUCCCCGGGCUGUCCGCGGACGAGAUUGGCCUCUUAGAAUCGAAAUACUAUCCCCAAACCGGCAGCACCGAGACCAUCGACGCGUACAACACCACCCUCGUCCGCGCAGGCUUGAUAUAUCGGGAUCUGGUCCUCGCUUGUCCCGCCUAUUGGGUCGCCUCAACGGCGGGCAAGGACGGAUAUCUGGGUGAAUAUACCAUUUCGCCCGCCACGCAUGGGAGUGAUACCGAAUGGUGGGACGGAGUCAGCGCCAUUCAAAAGACCGAUCCUCUCAUUUACGAUGGCUACGCCGGCGCCUUUGCCAGUUUCUUUCAAACCGGAAACCCCAACGCUCAUAAGCUGACGAAUGCGUCACAGCCGGGCGUCCCGCUGCUCGGCUCCACGAGUCAGGAGUUUGUCAUUGCCGCCGACGGGUUCGAGAAUGUGCCCGUGGUUGAAUUGAAGGAGAGAUGUGCGUUUUGGAGGGAGGUGGCUGCCAGAGUUCCGGUUUAGGUGGAUGUGCGGGUCGGGCGUAGGGGUUUAGCUGAGGGGUCAUAUACUGAGGAGCAGAAAAACGAGUCUCGA